CAAAUGUCUCCAGAGCCUUUUGCAACAGAUGAUAUUCCAUUAAGUACUUAAAUCCAGAAGAAGAAGUAGGUAUUGUCACUUUUGAUUCCAGAAGUAUUGCCAUCUGACACUCUCUAGACCUUAUGGGACACUCUUUGGCUGACUACUAAGCAAUUUUCAGGCCGCCACAUCAAAGCUUGAACAUGGGAAUCUUAAGUCAACUGUUGAUCAUCUUUCUUCUCUUUGGAAUCACAGUGUUCUGCCAAUACGAAGCUGAUUUUGAGGAUGAAUAUGAAAAUGAAAUAGAUAAUGAAUAUCCAUCCAUUUUUCAUCACAUUCCUAGUGUAGAAUAUGUCUUUCCAUACUCUAUCAUAUCUACAGAAUGUGCCAAAGAAUGUUUCUGCCCGCCUACUUACCCAGUAGCUAUGUAUUGUGAUCACCGUAAACUUCAGACCAUACCAAUCAUUCCCUCUCAUAUCCAGCAACUGUAUCUGCAGUAUAAUGAUAUUGAAGCUCUGCCACUGGAAUCCUUUGCUAAUGCUACUGCUCUGAAAGACAUGAACCUCAGUCACAACAAAAUCAAGUCACAUAUGAUUGAUAGUGGUGUCUUUACCAAACUGUCAAAUUUAGUGCAACUUCAUUUAGAAUACAAUCAGUUAGAAGAAGUUCCAUCACCUCUACCUAGAAGCUUAGAACGCUUGAUCCUAGGUUUCAAUCAAAUUUCCAGACUUCCCAGCCAAGCAGUAGAAGGUUUAGUAAAUAUGACUAUGCUUGACCUUUGUAACAACUAUCUUGAUGAUUCUCAGCUCAAAGGAAUACAUUUGUCAAAUAUGGGAAACCUAAUGCAGAUUAACCUCUGUAGCAACAGACUACAGUCAAUGCCUCCUGAACUACCAGAUUCACUUAUGUAUCUUUCCCUUGAAAAUAACUCAAUUUCUUUCAUCCCAUAUAAUUAUUUCCAGAAACUUCCAAAUCUUAUUGCUCUAAGAAUGUCAUACAACAAUCUAGAAGAAGUUCCUUAUAAUGCUUUUAACCUUCCUCAUCUUAUAGAACUCAAUCUUGGACAUAAUAAACUGAAGCAAGUCUUCUAUAUUCCAAGAACCCUGCAGCAUUUGUACAUAGAAGAUAAUGACAUAGAAGUUAUGAACAUUACAUUAAUGUGCCCUUCUAUGGAUGCACUGAAUUUCAGACACUUAACCUAUAUACGAGUGGACCAAAAUAAGCUCACAGCCCCAAUAAGCACAUAUGCUUUUUUCUGCUUUCCGCACAUACGCAGCAUUUAUUAUGGUGAACAAAAAAUUCCUGCCAAUCAACAAACACGAUUGAGAACUCCAGUGUUCCGAAGGUAUCUAACACCAGAAGAAUUUGAUGAAAUGGAAGAUGACUAUCAAGAACAAGAUCAAGAUCACAGUCUCAGAGGAAGGGAUGAAGAUGAUGACUUCGAUCCUUAUUUUUAUUAAGUGAUCAUAAUAUGUAGUGACGUUUCUUUAAACUGGGUAAUAUGCUGAUUUUAAAGCUAAUAGAAUAAUUUGGUAGAUGUAAAACAUUUGUAAUCCAUUCAGAAAUGGAGCUUCUCAAACAUUUCUAAAUAUUACACCAACACAACUAGAAGUAUUCAUUUAUAUAAAACAAGCAUAGCGACCACUAUGCUUGUAUAAUGUUUGUCUGAUACAACUAUCCAAUAGCAAGCAGGAAAGAACAGAAAAAAGGAGUUUCUGCCUACAAACAUUUCAUUUAUUAUUAUUCAAUAUGGAAUGAUAGUGUCAGGAAACAUAGUUGUAGAACAGAUAGCUGUGUUAGUCUGUGAUACUAUAUCAGGCAAAACCAGAAGAAGAAUGAAUA